AAAAUGUGCAUUUUUAACAUUUUUCAAAACAAAAUGACACGUAAAUCUUGAAAACAAAAAAGACAAAAUUCUUAACCAAGUAUACUAGUGUUGUUGCUUUGGUUGUGUUGUGUUCUUCCAUAGAUUGGUUAGUGUACUGAUUCCGACCAACCCUUAUUCUUCCUUCAACUCUGUAAUUUCAACAACCCAAAACCCUAAAACCCCUUUUUUUCUACUAAUUCCUCGCCGGAAUUUCUACACCUCAUCGUAUAUCGGAUGAUGGAUCACCAAUCUGGCCAGGGAUUUGAUUCAUAUGGCAGUGACCCUAACGUGAUAGCAGAAACCAGUGAGAAACAUGACAAAGUAGACGUCCACAUUUCAAACAACUUAGAAUUAUGUGCAGGUGAAGAUGAAAGGUUUGUUGAACAACCUGUGGCAGAUUCAGACACUAUAGAACCAUUCAUAGGUAUGGAGUUCAACUCAAGGGAGGAAGCCAGAGAGUUCUACAAUGCCUAUGGUAGACGGAUUGGAUUUACAGUACGAGUACACCAUAACCGCCGUUCACGAAUUAAUAAAGAGGUUAUCGGUCAAGAUUUUGUUUGCUCAAAAGAAGGCUUUCGAGCAAAGAAGUAUGUGCACAGAAAAGAUAGAGUGCUCCCUCCUCCACCACCCACCCGAGAAGGUUGUCAAGCCAUGGUAAGGAUGACUUUAACAGAUGGAGGGAAGUGGGUUGUCGCCAAAUUUGUGAAGGAGCAUACACAUAAACUGAUGAGUCCUAGUGAAGUUCCAUGGCGAAGAUCUGAGAAGCACUUGAUUAGUGAGGAUGAGAAAGAUAGGAGAAUCCGUGCGCUAUCACUUGAGUUGUACAACGAAAGGCAAAAGUACAAACGACGUUGUGCAGCAUAUGAAGAACAAAUAAAUAUGAUUCUGAAUGAUGUGGAAAGGCACACAGAACACAUCUCUAAAAAAGUUGCUGAUGUAGUUCGAAAUAUAAGAGAGAUUGAGGAAGACAAAUCAGAGUCAAAUGGAAGGUAAUUGACGCCAUUAUAGCACAUUUAAGUAAUGCCAGAUAUGCUGGUGAGACAGUCUCUAUUCGCAAUUUGAAGCUUUUGGAUAUAAUUCUAUCAACAUUCGGCUUUAAGUUGUGCAGUAGUGGUCACAUUAAACUUAACAUGUUCUUGUUGAAAAGUGAUUCCCUUGUGAGCACUUACCAUAGCCAUUGUAUUCUUACUUUAAUUGGAAUCGGAUUUUUCCUACUGCGCAUUCUGAUUUAUUAUCAAACAUUACCGCAAGUAUUUACCUUUUUGCAAGUUGAUUGGAAUGGAACUAUGGUUGAUAACUUGAUACCUGUAUUUAUCUUUUUCAAGUUGAUUGGAAUGGAACUAUGGUUGAUAA